AUGGACCAGCAAGAACAAAGUUGUAAAAGGCAUGACUUUUUGUUGCUACCGGCCAACGAGGCGUUCAUGAGGACCUGUCUCUCCUGCGGAUUAAUCGAGGACUUUGAACUAUCACAACAAAAGCAACAGGUUGAUCCAUGGGAAGGCUGGCUUAGAGCUGAGGUUCAGCCACUGUCAUGGCCACAUUGCGUUCAAUACCCCGAGACUGUUGAAGCGACCCUUGUGAAGGCAGCGACUGGAGACAGGGAAUUCUACAGCUACCGUCCAAACAUGCAGACUUCGUUUCAAAGCGAAGCUCAAAGAGAGGGAAACCCUUACGUCUACACUGAUCUACCCAAGGGCUCCUGGAUUCGACUACUGGAACUAUCACCCGGCAGCAGGCUCGAUACACUCAGUGGGCGGCUUUUCCAGGUACCGUGGGAGCAAGAAACAUGUCCUCCAUAUUCAGCACUGUCCUAUACUUGGGCAGAUGAUAAUGGUGAUGCCUCACCUUCGAAUCUGAUAUUCCUCGAUGGAGAACAGAAGGUUAUGCGCAUUACACGAAACUGUGAUCGGGCCUUGCGAAGCCUGCGCCAGAAACACCAGUCAGUUCUACUAUGGGUCGAUUCCAUAUGCAUUAACCAGUUAUCUCCGUCAGAAAGGUCGCACCAGGUCGGCUUGAUGAAGACCAUAUACUCCAAAGCAACUGCUGUUCAUGCAUACGUAGGAGAGAUGGAAUGUGGAGACGACUCGACAGGGACGGAAGCCAUGGCUUUGUUACAUGAUAUUCAAGUGAAUGGCAUAUGUGAAAUCCUGUUUCAUGGGAAAACAAGCAACAUUUCCGUUCUCAAUAAAUUCUUCGGAAGGCCCUACUUCGCUCGGUUAUGGGUUGUCCAAGAGCUUCUGCUCGCUCAAUCCAUUACUAUACAUUGUGGAGAGGCCUCACUCAAGGUUACCAACGAGUCCAUGUCGCAGCUGUACGAACAAGGUGUCAAUGUUCCUUCGUGGGUGCGAUUUGCUGGAAAGGCCAGGUCCAACGCAGAGCAGGCCCCUUUGGACCUGAGAGAUCUUCUUGCCGCAACCAGUGUCUGUCGUGUCACAGACCUACGUGACAAGAUAUUUGGGUUACUAGGUCUUAUUAGCAACGAUCAGGCUUCAGAGCUCAGUCCUGACUACGAACUGACGGUCCGUGAGGUUUACAUUGGAGUCGCUGCAUACCUCAUGCAAAAUGGCCAUUGUUGCGAUAUUAUUCAGCACGCCAACCCCUACUGGGAUAGGAACUGGUUUGUUAAAGACCACCGAUAUUGCAACAAUGAGUAUGGGAUUCCGCCUUGGGUCCCUUUUUGGGAUACAGAUGUACCGCUUCAAGCUUCUGAAGGCAUCUACAGACAAGUCGAACAGAUCGAACUAGACAGCAAAUGUCUUCUUAAGCGGGAAGCACUUUUUGACUGUUGUACAAUACGUAUCAUAGGUGGCUGGCCUCAUGACAGGAACUCAGUGUGCGACCUAGGAGCAAAAUCUUGUAAAAUGGUAGACGCUAAAUCGGGCUUUCUUACAACCAGGAUAGAGACAGUUUUACAACUCGAUUCUUCGUUUGAGUCUGUUCUUACUGUUCGCUGGGAGCUUGAUCAAUGGGCAGACGGCGAGUAUUUCACAGGGUUCUGGAAUCUGAAGGAUGGUGUCAAACUUGCCAUUAGGAGUUUUGCAUGGGCAUUGAAGUGUACAGUCUCCAACGCAGAUGUUCAUCUGAUCCGAGUCGAGGGGUGUACUGCUUUGUUCUUGGCACAGCAGACUUCUGAUAGCCGAAAAUAUCGCCUGAUCGGCUCUUGUGUCGCAGCUAUAGUCUGUCCAACACCUGAGUCCAGGCCCGCUGAGAUCCUUAAGCCAGGUGACCUGCAUCGCUAUCUACGGUUCACACCUCUUGCGGUCGAAAUGAUUGAGUUCGUAGCAAAGUGGAGGAACCAAGUCCUCGAGCUCACAAGGUCAGACUUGAAACGUACGGAAGAAAUUUUAUCAACCGAGGGCCAAAGUUGCGACUAUUCCCUCGCAGACAAGACCGAGACAACGCACCCAAGUUGGAGAAGCUGGAUUCCUUUCUUAAGCUUGGAAACCAGGAAAAUGUUAGAGGAUGAUUCAGAGCUACAGAAGCAACUUCCAAAUCUCGUGAACUUCUGGCACAAGGCUCAUGACUUACAUACGACAGUUCGAGAAUGGACAAAGAGUGCCUUGCAGGUGUCAGACCACAUUCGCAUUCUGUGGUGGUAUCAAUUUCCACGGGACGUGAGAAAGGUUCUAGAAGAUCUUAUGGAGAAGUCGCGCGAGUUGGGAGGAGUGUUUGGGACGAUUACAGGGGGCAGGCCUAUCCUUCAGAGCCUGCACCAUCUUUGGGCCCUACUCGACCACCUAGCAAACUGCGAGGUGAGAUGGGCUGACAGUGACCUUCUAAGCUACCCAGGUGCAUUGGAGGGGUUCUUUGACGACUAUGACCGUCUUCUGAUAGCGUUGGAAGAAGAUCAAUUGCUCUUAGAUCAGGUUUUUCCACUAGACCUCAAAGAUAUACACCCUAAGUAUAGCAGUAUCAAGGAAACUAUAAGAUGGAAACCUGUAUUAGAAGGACUGGUAAGAGAGAACUCAGAACAAAAAGAGAUAUAUUUUGUAUAG